CUUCUUCACGUACAAGAUCGCCACCAUGGCGCAGGUCGUCCAGGAUGCGCUCCCGCAAGAAAGCCGGGAUAAACUCGAGUGAGGGUGUUUAGGGUUGCUGGAGGGAGGGGGAGGAUGAGGGAGAGAUCCACGGCAUCAUCCAAGCCACACGAUGAGCAGCACUCGCUGCUGCAGCACGACGGGGAGUCGGCGGUGUCCAAGCUGCUGAGCCCGGACGCGGAGUGGGAUAGGGAUCAGCUGGGCGAUGUGCUGCAUUGGCUGAGGCAAGCCCUGGGGCUGCUGUGCGGAAUCGUGUGGGGUCUCAUUCCACUCGUAGGCUCCGUCUGGCUGCUCGUGUUCAUGCUUGUGUCCACGCUGCUCGUCUACACGUACUACGCCUUCUUGCUCAAGGUGGACCAGGACGAGUUUGGGGGCCACGGCGCUCUCCUCCAGGAGGGCAUGUUUGCAUCGGUCACGCUCUUCCUGCUGGCGUGGAUUCUUGUCUACAGCCUUGUCCAUUUCUGAUUUUUCCCUCGCCGCCCCAAAACUUCAACUCUUCGUAAUAAUAAAAACGUUUUCAAAAACA